AUGAAACACCUUAAUGAUCAAACUAGUAUCGAUCAGUUCCAUUCUCGAUUGGUGCACCAUGGCUUGGAGCUUCCGCUGCAAUGGACCAUACCACGAGCAGAGGCAAGAUGGUUCAUAAACGUAUACAAGGACAGGCCAGACAUGAAUCCAGUUCUGCUUGAGCUGGCUGAAUUGGAUUUCAACAUUGUUGAAGCAAAAUAUCAGCAGGAACUAAAACAUCUCUCCAGGAAAAUAUUGACGAAGGUCAAUGUUUUAGUAACAACCAUAGAUGAUAUAUAUGAUGUCUAUGGUACAUUAGAUGAACUAGAAGUUUUUACAAGAAUCAUUGAAAGGAUCAUCAGUGGUGCGUGUGUAGACUACAAUUUCAUUUCAUGUUUCCAGGAUGAAAUGAAAAGAGGCGAUGUUCCUAAAACAAUACAAUGUUACAUGAAAGAAACUGGUGCUUCUGAAGACGAGGCACGCAAACACAUAAGAUCUUCAAUACGUGAGACGUGGAAAAGAAUGAAUAAAGUUCAAGAAACAAGUUGUCCAUUCUCAAAAACUUUUAUUGAAAUUACAGUGAAUCUUGCGAGAAUGGCACGAUACAGGUACCCGUAUGGAGAUGGGCAUGGCAUUCGAAAUCACGAAACUAAGGCUCGCAUCUUAGCAUUACUAUUUGAACCCAUUUGA